ACCAGACUUCUAAACCUGCUUCCAAAUCAAUAUUACAGUCAUGAAGAUUUUGAAUUCCACCAUUUCUUUUCUGUUCUUCUUCUUCUUAAUCAUGCUUUCCAGCAUCCAGUUCUCGAGCUGCCGCUACAUCCACAGAAGUUUAAGCAAUGAAGCAGAGAAAACAUUCAGAACUGAACUCCAUGCAGAAGCUGCUCAAGAUUCAGUCACAGAUAAGAGUCAGUCUAUCUAUGACGCCUCCUUUAGAGCUGUUCCUGGUGGACCAAACCCCCUUCACAACUGAGUCAUAUUCCUUUUCUUCAGAUGUUUUAUAUGUACUUAGAUACACAGACCAGAUUCUAGGCAGUCUAUUGAUAUUGCAAGUUCCCUUCUUGUUUCCAUAUCUGUUUAGUUACACAGAUUAGUAGAUUCUCAGCAGUUUAUGAUAUUCCAAGAUAUUGGGAGCCCUUUUCAUCUAAAAAUUCUUGUUUUACAGUUUAAAUUGUAAAACAGCAGGCUCAUAAAAAUUUUCAAUUUCG